GUUUCAACACAAUGACUCACUCCCAGCUUAUCGACUGGUUUUACCUUGCCCAGGUAAACAAUUAAAAAUGGCGACCGUUGAAGACGUCAGGUAACACAGAAUUACAAUGUAAGACAGAAACUGCAGCAUGUUUUUGGAUGUGGACGACGCCCAUUUGGGUGCUACUGUUUGCCCCCUUGUUGGUCACUGCCCAAUGGGCCAACUGGCAGAACCAAAACCCUCAAAACACUAAGGAAAGUUAUUACCUAGACUCAAAUACUGAUUGUAACAAUAAGUUUGACAUUGGAGAGAACAGUGCAUUCGUGAAUGGCCUCGGUGCCACAUUAGAGAACAGUCCGCCAAAGUCUUGUCAGAUCACCUUUAGCACAGAUUAUGUCCGUGAGAAACGCAAGUUCAGGGUUGAGGUCAUAACUGCCAACUUUAAUGAGGAUGGAGUGAACUUCUAUAUCUAUGACAGUUCUACAACAGACUCUCUAUUGUAUGGAUUCGGGUUUAGAAGGGACAAGCCGGCCAACUUUCAGCCAUUGUUCACCUCUGGAGGAUUUGUGACAUUCAAGCUGGAUAAAGCUGAUAAAAGUCAGGCCAACUACAACAUACGAGUGCAUGUCAUAAGUGUCCCAGGUGAUGUUAGCAUUGUGGAUGAAUGUCCAGGUGGAGAAGGACCUGGGUGUAACUACUACUUCUACCAAUCUCCCAUUACCAAGGAAAUCAUCAUUGGUAUAGUUGGGGGUGUGUUCGGACUCAUUCUCUUUGUUAUUGCUCCCAUUAUCAUCAUCUGCUGCUAUCGAAAAUCAAAGGGAGUGAAUCGGCGUUGGGAUGAGUUCAAGCUUGGCCAGGCCAGCACAGCUGCAAAUAUCAGCAACUCCAAAGGUAGUGUACGGGCUACUUCACAUGACACAAAGUCCAAACUAUGGGCCUCCCAGAGUUCCAAAAUGGGUCUAACAAGUAUCAACAAAUCCUCCCGCAGCAGGGGAAGGCUAAGCGAGGAGGAGGAGGAUAGUGUUUUUGAUGAUGGGCCUCCAAGAAACUACCCUCCACCACCUCCUCCAUAUGAACGGUAUGACAAGUCAUCACGACGAAAUAGGGAUGAUUAUGAUGGUCGCAACCGAAGAUAUGAUCGUUAUGAUAGCAGGGAUGAGGAAUAUGACAGAAAGGACAGACACAGAGACAGAAAUGAUGACAGGUUUGAUCGACAACCUCGGAGAGAAAUGGACAGAAAACGAAGAAAUUCUCCAAGACGGUCUUAUUAUUCAGAUUCUAAUUCUGAAAUGGAGUCGUCGUUUGUACAGGCAGAAGAUGAUCACCCACAGGAGAGGUUUGUGGAGAGGAUCAUAGAGCCCCGUGUUAAGCCAAAAGCCAAGAAGACAGUAGUAGAGGAUGUGUAUGAUGAACUCAGUGAGGAUAUUGAGGAAAUUAGAAACAGCAGUGUCCAAUGUGGGCCAUCAGAUGAUGAAAACGAAUCAAACACAGAGACCACCGAUGAUGAAACAACAGAGACCGAGUCAGACUCGGACAGUGAAAAAAAGAAAAAAGAUCCAAGGGCAGCUUUAUAUUCAAAACCGAAUAAAAAGGGGAAAGUUAAAACUGUUGCGGCAAAGCCUUCACAGCCAAAUGUGGCCUUGAGCCAGCCUGGUCCAGUCAUGGCUGGCCCAACUACAGGUUAUCCUAUGGUUGGUCAGCCAAUGAUUGGUCAGCCAAUGAUUGGUCAGCCUCAUACCAUGGCGAGGCCUCCAGUCCCAGGUAUUAUACCUGGAGUGAUAGUAAGGCCAGCUACACAGCCACAGUUUGCCCCCGGUCAGUACCCUCCUGUCGUGAGACCUGGUGUCCCUAUACAGCCAGGCCAAAUGCAAUUCAGACCUGUGCAACCACCAAACUAUCCAACAGUAAGGAUGCCACACCAACAAGUCCCACAGAAGUCCCAGCCCACUCAUCCUCGCAUGGCUUCCAAUCCGCCUCCUGAUCCACCCAUGUACUCCUACCUGGUACAGCGAGGGUACACGGGAAGAUAUUCUCCAGUCAGUUCAGGAACAGGGGUUAGUAGUGAUGCCCACAUGAUCAACCUCACUGAUGACUCGGAGGGUGGGUCAAACCUCCCAAGUGGUGUAGAUCUUAUGAAAAGGACCACAGAUGUAUAAUGUGCAGUAAGCAUAUAGAAUCUUUAUGGCCUUUAUGUUGAAGCAGAAGAACUUUUAUGAUUUACUUUUUCUGCAAUAAUUCUAGGAAACUUGUAAUCAAGUCAUUACAACAAGCUUAAGAUCAUGACAAAUCGACAAAUUGUCAUUUAACAAUUGCAUAAAGUAAUUCCUGCAGAAGCUCAUAUUUGUAUAUGUUAAAUUUAUGUGCUCAGAUAAUUUUAUGAGUACAGAAAGUAAUUAUUUAUAACUAGAGAUAAUUGUAAUUAUUCUGUUUCAAUAAUGCUAGUAUUAAAUACUUGCAUGACAUAUUUUACAAUAAUGCUAGUAUUAAAUACUUGCAUGACAUAUUUUAAUCUCAUAAAUGAGAAGAAAUAAUUGUGAUACAAACCAUCAUUGCCAUUUGUGUUUAUACAUAGAUCUUGCAAUAUUGUAAAAAAAGUUUUUAUUUGUAGCAUGAUUGAAUUGUAUAUACUGUUUUUUUUAUACUAGUCUGGUAGUACCUAUACCAGUCCUGUGUGGAUGUGUGUAUUCUGGAUUCAUGUUCACUUGAACUAGGGAUUUUAAGACAAAUAAUUAUAAUUUACAUCAAAGUGAUUUUUCAAAUAAUGUUUUCCUAAGGAUACACCCGUUUCAUAAAAGUGAGCAAAGCAGUAUACAGGUAUCCAUUGGCAUGAAGCUUCUCUAUCACACAUCUUUGGUAUAAAAACCAUGUUCUGUUGUUAAGAACAAUAAAGUGUAUCAAUAUGGACAAUACGCAAGGCAUACUUAAAAUAUGUGGUUCUGCAUAAUUAUUAUUGUCAUUUAGAGUACUGAAUUCAACCUAAUAAGCACCAUGUACUACAAAACGGGGGCACUUAAUAAAAUCAUAUAGAAAGGAAACAAUUUGUGUGAUCUUUGGAAACCUUUAUCUUUGAAAAUCUUUAUAUAGUGAAAACAACCAAGAGUGUUUAAACUGAAGAUUAUAUUCAAUAUAUCAGUGAGACAAAGAAUUUUUUUUCUAUGUUUCAAUUGUGUACCCAUCUUCUUUCAUUGAAAAAUGUGGGAUGCACUAACUAGGUCAAAUAUGGUAAUAUUUAGUCUCUGUGUCAGUAAUUUACAUGACACCAUAUUGAUUUUAAUCGACAACAACUUCAAUUAAAAAAGUAACAUUAUAAAAGAUUUAGAUUUCAUCUUCAUCACUAACAACUUGCCUUACAAAUCAUGAUAAUAAAUCACAUUACCUAGAGUUAAUUUUGUAACAAAAUAGAUCAAAGGAUAUUUGCUAAUCAGGUUUUAUAUAUUGUGUAAUCAUGAUCAUUUACUGUAAAUCUGCCUGAAGUACAUAGAGGCAGCAGGAUUAAACAAUGGGUUACAAUGACAGGAUGUCUGAUGUCGGUCCAAAUUUGUAUGGGUGCUCAUGAUCAAUUAUAUGGUAAUUGUUAGUGGUGAUCUGUCACAGCUAACUUUGUAUACAUUGUUGUUAUUGAUGUUUUUCUCAAUCUAGAAUCACAAAUAACUCUCUGGCAGGGAAAUGAUUCAGUUCAAUUUUAAAGAUUUAAAUGUUGGUUUUUCUUAUUUUUCUUUUCUUUUUUUUUUUGGAAAAUUUUCAUGUUGCUUUAUAAUUACGAGACUGACAUGUACAUUUCAGCUUGACAAUGAAAAGUAUCGAUACAGUGAUAACUGGAGUUCUGUGUUGUCCUGGUGAUCGAUUAUAAUUCAUAUGUAAUCGGAAAGCAGCCAAUUAAAUUAACAAUCGAUUAUGAGAUGUCAACAUUGAUGAUUGUUUUCAAAACCAGAAGUACAAGUUCUACUUUCAUUUUCACUAAUAAGAGAAGUCAGAGUUUUAUGUCAUUUUACUAUAACGUCCAAUCAUGCUAUUUAAACAAAAUCAAUUGCAAAAACUGUAAAUGAUUACAAUCAAGAUUGUUACAUUGAAAUGGUAUGAUAAAAAUAAAGAUAACUAGGAGAAUAAAGCUAGUAUAAAAUAAAAAUGGCAGCACACUCUGCCAUGCAGGAAAUACGUCUACUCAAUCCUGGGUAAAAAAUGUUUUUUUAAGGAUCGAAAAUUGAUCAGUUGACACCAAUUACAUCCAAUUAUUGAUGUUGAAAUCUCAAACCAAUUCCCGACACUAAGUUUUGUAACUAUUGUGGAAAAGCUGUCAUGUCAGUAUAUUACUCAUCUGGAUCCAUAACCUCUUUGUGUUCAAUGGAUAUGUAUGAGGUACAUGUAUAUACAAAAGUACAUGUAAGUGUGACCGGGUAUAUUUCAUCAAUAUUGAUAGAACUUCAUUUCCCAAAAAAGAAAUAUCCUCGUUUCACAUAUUUCAUAUAAAAAUUGACAUAAGAUUAUCAGGAACAAAUCUGUAUGAUUGUAUUGUUUCUGUAUUGUGAGUUCCAGUUAAUUAUAUAAUGUCAUGGUCAGUUGGUCACCUGUCAAAUUAUUGUCUGGUAUAUGAAAUAAUUUUAUGAUUAAAAACUAUUUUCAUAUAAAAACUUCAUUAAUGUUUCUGUAGGUUCAUGUUUCAUCAUCACCAAUUAAAUGAUCGCAAUCUAUUGUACCAUGUAUAUAUACCUAAUAAAGAUUUUUAGUAAAAUAUGUUCUAGAGUUGUUAAUUAAAAAUAUCAAGACUCAGUGUAAAGUAACUAGCCGUCAAAUCACCUAUCUUUCUCAAUAGUAUACUACAUCAAGUCUAGGAUAUUUUCAUUUCUCCAGAACAACUUGUUGGUCUCCUUGUUUGAUUUAUAAUGAACACCUUUCUUAGGUACAGUCCAACAUACAUAUAUAUAGCCCAGGGUACCACGGCAGGUGGCAAUAUAAGUCGGAAAGGACUUCUUUGACCAUAUUUCAUAAAUAUUUUGACUUUAAUUGGUCCGUCUUACUGUGGCCAUAGAUCUUUUUCUUAUAAAUAAAUUGACUUCUACUGGUCAAUUUUUACAUGUAUGUUUAUGUACAUGCUACAUUUCAAGUCUUGCCUUUCACUUUUUUAAUUACUUGGGUGGGGCGAUACUUAUAUUAUCUAGAAAAUUCCUGUAGGACAAGAUACUAGAAAUGUUAAGAGUACUUUUGUUACUGGUGAAUGUCUCUGACUAUGUGACAAGAUACUAGAAAUGUUAAGAGUACUUUUGUUACUGGUGAAUGUCUCUGACUAUGUGACAAGAUACUAGAAAUGUUAAGAGUACUUUUGUUACUGGUGAAUGUCUCUGACUAUGUGACAAGAUACUAGAAAUGUUAAGAGUACUUUUGUUAAUGUCUCUGACUAUGUGACAAGAUACUAGAAAUGUUAAGAGUACUUUUGUUACUGGUGAAUGUCUCUGACUAUGUGACAAGAUACUAGAAAUGUUAAGAGUACUUUUGUUAAUGUCUCUGACUAUGUGACAAGAUACUAGAAAUGUUAAGAGUACUUUUGUUACUGGUGAAUGUCUCUGACUAUGUGACAAGAUACUAGAAAUGUUAAGAGUACUUUUGUUACUGGUGAAUGUCUCUGACUAUGUGACAAGAUACUAGAAAUGUUAAGAGUACUUUUGUUAAUGUCUCUGACUAUGUGACAAGAUACUAGAAAUGUUAAGAGUACUUUUGUUACUGGUGAAUGUCUCUGACUAUGUGACAAGAUACUAGAAAUGUUAA